GCUAUUGGUGGCCUGUGUGGGGUCACACAAGUCUGAGGUCUAUGCCAAGCAACUCUUUAACAUUUAUCUGCUUCUGUCCUCCCACACAAUACAGCUCCAUCAACUUUGCCAUGGCAUCUGCUGGUCUGCAAAUACUGGGGAUCAUCCUUACAUUGCUGGGCUGGAUGAAAGCCCUGGUGUCCUGUACUCUGCCCAUGUGGAAGGUGACCGCUUUCAUUGGCAACAGCAUCGUGGUGGCCCAGGUGGUAUGGGAAGGGCUGUGGAUGUCCUGCGUGGUGCAGAGCACUGGCCAGAUGCAGUGCAAGGUGUACGACUCUCUGCUGGCCCUGCCCCAGGACCUGCAGGCUGCAAGAGCCCUCUGCGUCAUCGCCCUGCUUGUGGCCCUGCUGGGUUUGCUGGUCUACCUUGCUGGGGCCAAGUGCACCACCUGUGUGGAGGACAAGGAUUCUAAGGCCCGCCUGGUACUCACCUCUGGGAUCAUCUUUGUCAUCUCGGGGGUCCUGACUCUGAUCCCGGUUUGCUGGACAGCCCAUACCAUCAUCCAGGACUUCUACAACCCCCUGGUGGCCGAGGCCCAAAAGCGGGAACUGGGAGCCUCCCUUUACCUGGGCUGGGCUGCCUCAGGCCUUUUGCUACUGGGUGGGGGGCUACUGUGCUACACCUGUCCCUCUGGAGGGUCUCGAGGCUCCAGCCAUUACAUGGCCCGCUACUCAGCAUCUGCCCCACAUUCUCCCUCUCGGGGGCCCUCUGAGUACCCCACCAAGAAUUACGUCUGAUACAGGUGGGGGCUGAGGGCUCCAUUAGUACUG